AUGAUAAGCGUACCUAUGAAAUAAGCUAGAAGGCACUCUGACCUCACAAAACAUCAAAAAGAACCUCUAGCAGACCAUUUCAAGGAAUGUUCACUUAUAAUUUAAAAAAUGCAAAACAAUAAAAAAGAAAUAAAAAAUGAAUUAGCUAAGGAGGAUUAUAUAAUCUUAUUUAAAACCAUAGCUAAUACACAUUUUUAUCACUAACUUUCACAAAAAUAUGGGGAUUCUUUUUCUAAAGCAAGUCUUAAAUACCUAAAAUUUGAAACAUAUUAAAAAGGAGAAGUCAUAGUUAAAUAAGGCGUUAACUGUUUAAAUACUUAUUUUGUAUUAAAUGGUGUAAUUAGACUUUCCAAAAUCAAAUAGUAGGAGUGUAGUUUAGGCUAUUAAAUUACAAGUAAUUAAACUUAGCAAACUAGAUUCUAGGAUAUGCUUUCAAUAGGAUCAAGUUUCGGCUUUCUUCCAAGAGAAGAGUCAAUAUCCUAAAGUACAUAUGAAGUAUUCUCUUAAAGUGUUGAAUUAGCUGUUAUAGAUAUUAAUUCUCUUAGAGAUAUUAGAACAGAAGCUGAAAGCUAAAGCAAUACAGAGAAGAUAAAAUUCUUUUCAGAAUAAAUGAAAGACUUAUUUGAGGGAAUUGACAAAAAAACAAUAUAGCUCUUUAUGCAACUUAUAAAAGAGAUACAAGUAAAUCGAGGAGAAUUGAUAAGUAAAAAAAUAACUUAACUAAACUAGUUAUGUGUUAUCUCAAAAGGAUAAAUCAUGAGUGAUUAUACUGUAGAAAUAUAGCAUGAGAGAGUUAGAGAUGAUGGAAUAGAUAUAAGCAAUAAGAGAGAAAUCAAAAAAAGACACUACUGUACUAAUAUUCUUGUGAGGGGUGAUGUAUUUAUUGUAAAUGGAAAUGGAGAAAAAGAGAAAAAUAUAUAAGGAACUCAUUUAAAGGUAAAGGAAAAGCUUGUUUCUACUUCUUUUAUCACUUAAAUAUACUAUCUAGACGAUUCUGAAUAUGAAGCUAUAUUAAAAAAACUAAGAAACGAUAUGAGAUUCGAGAUUUUAGUUGAAGAUGAUAAUUUGAAGCUUUCUUAAAAAAUUCUCAACGAUUUUAUAACUAUGCAUGAAAGGUUUCUCUAAAAGCAAAAAGACCUCAGGACAUAAAUUUAUAAUAGCUUUUCUAAUGAGGAACAUCAUACACAAAAUACAAAUGAAACUAGUUAAGUAAUAAACUAAAAUACGGACAUAUAAAAUUAAUUUGAUGAUUAAAAUGAAUUUAAAGAAAACUUACUUAAGAAUCCAAAUAAUAAAAGAAAUAAUCUCAAUACGUCCUAUUAACUUUCUAGGUACAGGAGAAAUACAAUUAAUGUACCAUCUGAAAAUGUAAAAAGAGAGAGUAACGAUAUCACCUAUGAUGUUUACCACAAAGACGAUUUGGGAAAAUCAGCUAUAUAAUUUUAUUUUGAAAAGUAAGAUUUAAGCUAGCAUAAAAGAAAUAGAAAAGUUUCAACUAAUAACUUUAGUUUAAACUACAGUGCAAUCACUGAAAAUACUAUUAAUACUCAUCCUAAUUUAAAUAAUUCUUUUAUUGAUUCUUUUCUCUAAACUUAAUAUUCUUAAUCAGCUAGAAAGAGAGUCAUUAAAACUCCAAAUGCAGUAAACUAGUAGUGUGAGUAGAAUUAUAAUGUUAAAGAAAAUUAAGGUUCUAAGAAUCCAAGUAGAUGUGAAUACAUUCAAUCCGAGCCUAAUGAAAUAUUUUGUUUUAAAAGGCAAUCUUUUCCUUUAAGCUGUAAAAAUUCAAAUAUUUAAUAAUAGUAGGGAUUUAACUAGUUAAUAUUGAAUCAGUUAUUGUAGCCAGGAAAACAAGUUUAAAGCCCCUUUUAAGUAUAGUAAUAAAUGUCCUCAAAAAGAAACAGAGCUGUUUCAUAAUUUAUAUAAAACGUUUCUAAUGAAUAUGGAUAUUUUUGCCCAUAAAUAAAAGAUUAACAUGAGGAAAUUUAAGUAAACAAUUAAAUAAUAAAAAGGAGAAACACAAAUAACUCAAUAUCCUCAUAGAAGAAAGCUAAGAAUUAAACUUUAGAAUUGCUAACUGAAAAUUCCAACAAGAAAAAAUGUUAUAAUUUAUAUGAGUAAUUUGAUGAUGAAUUAGAAAAUUUACUCAAAUGUAAAAAUUAGAUUUUAAAGAAAUGUAAAAAGGACUAAAAAGAAUUUGAUCGUAGCUCUAAAUAAAUUUUGAAAACUUAUGAAAGUACUGACAUUGAAUAUUUAAGUCUUAAAAAAAAACAAAUUUUAGAUUAGGCAAAUAAAUAAAUCAUCAAAAAAAGAAUAGAGGAAAAAGAAAAUAAGAACAACACUAAAAAGACAUCUAAGAACUCAGAAAUUCAUAAAUUUUCGCUUUUUGGUGAUCUGAAUGAUGCUGCAAUAAGGGCAAGAGUUUCACGCAUAUUCAAAAAUCGCUAAAAUCCUUUGUGUAGUAGCUAUGUUUGA